CAUUAAUGUGCAUACCUUUUGAAAGGUCAUGAGUCAUAUAAGGUCACCCUUCAAAUUUGCACAAUAAACGUACUAGAUUCAAUUAAAAAGAUAAACAUAACACACACAAAUAUUAAAAAUGUCAUGUAAAAAGACAAUCUACGUAAAAGUCCUGCGCACUUGAAGAACUGUACUUGCAAAUCAUAAUCGAUUAAUUAUAAUUGAAUGUUUUGAUUAAUAAUAGUUUUCUUCACAAGUUUACACGUAAUUUAUAAAUCCUUCAUUAUUCUUAUGAAGCAUGGACAAAAAGUUGGAAAACGUCGACAAAGUUGGCACAAAAUUCACAAAUUGCCAACAUAGUGAUGGUAUUUUGUUGCGACUCAAUGAACAGCGAAAGGACAGCCAGCUCUGCGACACUGUUCUUACUGCUGGGGAUCAGAAAUUCAAUGUGCAUAAGAAUGUCCUUUCGGCAGCCAGUUUGUAUUUCCUUGCAAUGUUUAGCGGUCAUUUUCCAGAGAGCGAUAAAAAGGAGAUAGUUCUUAAUGACAUCGAACCAGAUUGUCUAAAGGUUAUUCUUGACUAUAUCUACACUGGACAGUUAAUAGUGAAUCAUAUGAACGUCCAGACUCUUUUAGCAACUGCUUCGUUUCUUCAGAUCGAUUGGAUUGAAGAGAGAUGUUGUGAUUUUAUAGUCAAAGCACUCGAUGCCAGCAACUGCCUUGGAGUUAAAAAAUUUGGAGAAAAUCAUUCAUUACCGAGGCUCGAAGAAUUUGCAUGUGAAUACGUUUUUAAGCAUUUUCAAGAAGUCACAAGAAGCGAUGAAUUUUUCUUGAUGACAUUUGAUGAGUUUAAUAACAUUCUAGAAAAUCCAGAGCUUUACAUUUACGAUGAGGAGGCGCUUCUUCGCAGCAUUAUAAAAUGGAUUGAUCAUAAUCCAACCGAACGCCAACAACACCUUAAUAAACUCGUUACGAAGCUUCAUCCGGCUUGCGUGAGUAACCAAGUUGUUCAAUCAAUAAACAUGCUUUGUGACGAUAAGCAUUGUCGUGAUUGGGUGGACAGUGUCUAUCACAGUAUCGGCAAGAUGCAAUGGAAUAUUUUUGUACUCGAUAAAAUGGGUCGUCAGCCGGAUUUCGGAAAGCUCGACAUGACAACAGGCAAUAUGACAACACUUAGUCCUUUGCCAUUGGAAGCGUUUGCAUUGAGUUUCACAAGUCAAAAACAUUUUUUAUACGUCCAAGGCGGUUGUGUUGGUCGAAGUCGUCGGACUUGCUUUUACUAUAAUGUAUAUAAAAAUAAAUGGUUUACAAUGUCACCAAUGAAAGAACAACGCUCUCACCAUCGGUCGUUGAUAUUGGAUAAUUUCCUAUACGCUAUGGGCGGAAAUGGUUCUAAAGGAACACUACGAACGGUUGAGUGCAUGGAUUUAGAGACUGGAGCAACAAUGCUUAUUGAACCAAUGUUAUCGCCGAGGAGCUCUAUGGGAGCUGUUGUCUGUGAAAGAAGCUUGUAUGUGAUGGGUGGUGAAACGGAUCAAAAAAGCUUAAGUUCUGUACAAAUGUUCGAUCCUAGAGUUGGUAUAUGGCAAACUAUGCCAAGACUAAAUAUAGUAAACAGUUAUUGUACUAGCGCUGUAACAGAUAAUUAUAUAUACUGCUGUGAAGGACUAGGAAGUUCGAUGGAACGAUUUGAUUUACGAAGUCGUGAAUGGGAAACUAUUGAAUUCACAUCAGAUAGGGAAUUUUUCGAAAUAUUUUCCAUUGGGAACGAUGUGUACAGCAUUUCAAGUGAGGAAAUAACACGUUACUAUCCAAGUGGAAACCGCUGGGAAAAUAUAUUCUAUUAUCCAUUUACACGUGAAUGGGAUACAGCAGUUGCAAUGGAACUAGUCAACGAAAACUCAGUAUUAUUUUAAAAGCGAGGAAACAAUAAACAAUUACAUUAAUAAUAAAAUACAAAAUGUUCAAUUCAAUAACAGUUUUAUUUGUUAAUUAAAAAAAAAAGAAAUAAAACUAGAAAUUUGUUAUGUAAAUAAGAUGUUGAUAUAAAUGUAUGUAUGUGAAUGUGUUUGUAUGAAUAAAAUUUAAAAUAUCUGAAUAAUUUA